AUGCACUUCAAGUCAGUCACCUUCAUGCUAGCCACUGCGGCCAUGAGCAUCAACGCUCAAGAAAUCACCGGUCAGCUCGGUGAUGCCAAAGUCGUGACCAACAACCCCGCCGGCGUCGUGUACGAGGCCCAUCUGCCCGAGACUGCUUUCACCAAGGGGUCGGCCUACGCAGGGGGAGGAAAUGUCAAGGGGUUCAUCAGCGCCACUGCCUCUCCCGACGGUGUUGGUGUCGUCUUCACGGUCAAAUUCUCCAACUUGCCCAAGGAGGGUGGUCCAUUCAAGUACCACCUCCACGCAGCUCCCGGCUCCAAUGGCAACUGCACCUCGACACUCGCGCACUUGGACCCAUUCUUGCGCGGCGAGAACCCUCCUUGCAACGCAUCUGCUCCCCAGAGCUGCGAGGUCGGGGACUUGAGCGGAAAGCACGGCGAGGUCAAGUCUGACCCGUUCGAGGCUACGUACACGGACAAGUUCGCUUCGACACACGAGGGCAUCGGCGCCUUCUUCGGCAACCGCUCAUUCGUCUUCCACUACGCCAACAAGACCCGAAUCAGCUGCGCCAACUUUGUGCGUAAGGGACACAAGGACAACGGGGGCAACUGCAGCUCGCCUGGCCACCCCAAGCCAAGUGGCUCUGGCUCCGCUCCCUCGGGCGUCGCGUCUGGAACCGAAGGCGCGACCCCCAAGCAAACGAGCCCGCCGCCUAUCCCUGCCGGCGCAGCCACGCUCAGCGUUGGAAUGGCCGGCUUCUUCAUCGCCGCGGCUGCCGCUCUUUUACUGCCAAUCGACUUGGCUCCAGGGUUCGGACGGAUGGGCCAACCAGACGAUGCGCAAAGGACGCGAGAAGCCCAACGGUCGUCCGAACCUUGGAGCAAACCACCUGCCUGCUACUGGCAGAUUUGCAGCUCAAUCAACGACAGGGCGAUCAGCUGUCGAGAGAUGCCGGUCGGUCUGAUCUAG